UAGUUUUACCAGUGACACCAAUGUGUUGAUCUAGUAUUUUCUUUUGAAGUGAUGUUUCUUUGUCUUGCUGUGACAAGGUACUCACCACAUCCUGGUUCUGUCAUCACAACACGCCACAUUCACAGAGUUGAACCUAUUUCCUCUACAUCUCUCUGACACACACACACACCUUUUCUCUACAUACUCUCUCACACACACAUUCUCUCUCUCUCCACACACUUUCUCCAUCUCACACUCUCUACGUACACACUUCCUGUCUGCUAAAUAACAGUGUCAGGAAUAUCAUCUAUCAUGGUGGGCUACUGUCCCAUCUGUGGGAAACCCGUCUACUUUGGUGAGAAGAAGAGGUCAUUGGGGCGGGACUACCACCCUCUGUGUCUGAAGUGUCAACUGUGUCAGAGACAGUUGACCCCGGGACAACAUGCUGAGCAUGAUGAGAAACCCUACUGCACAAACUGUUACAUGAAGAUGUUUGGUACCAGAGGUAGAUACUGCUUGGUGAUGAGAAACCCUACUACACUGUUACAUGUAGAUGUUGGGUACCAGAGGUAGAUACUGCUUGGUGAUGAGUAACCCUACUACACUAACUGUUACAUGUAGAUGUUUGGUACCAGAGGUAGAUACUGCUUGGUGAUGAGUAACCCUACUACACUGUUACAUGUAGAUGUUUGGUACCAGAGGUAGAUACUGCUUGGUGAUGAGUAACCCUACUACACUAACUGUUACAUG